CCUUUGUGUGGGUACUCAUAACUAUCUAUUUUAUUCAUUGGAUUAAGAAUCCAAGAUUAAGUAAAAAUGAACCUCCAAUGGUUCCUUAUAAAUUUCCAAUAAUUGGCCAUACAUUAGAUUAUUUAUUUAAUGCUGAAAAUUUUUUUGCCGAAUGCAGACAAAAAUACGGUGAUCCUUUCAAUAUAUUUGUAUUUGGUCAGGUGAUGACUAUAGCCGGAAACGAAAUUGCCCAUGAAGUUUUUAGGACCGAUGUUUUUAGUUUGUCCAGCGCUUCGCGAGAUACAUUUCCUUUGUAUCGUGUUUUAAAAAGUUUUGAUGAUCCUGAAACGGUGGAACGAGUAGUGAAAACAAUACGUGAAGGAAUCACUGCAAAAUUACCUUUAUACACUGGAAGAAUGCAAAAACAACUUAUGAUUUCUAUUAAUAAGGAAAUUGGAGAUUGUUCUAACCCUAAAUUUGUUAUCACAGCGAAAGAAAACUUCUCAAGCAUGAUCGCCCGUCCAGUAGCUGAUAUUUUAGUUGGACAGGAAAUAUCAAAAAAUGAAGACGUGGUCAAAGCUUUUGCUGAUUUUACCAAAGAUUUUACAUCAAUUCUCGCAAUACCUCCUAUUCUUUCAUUCAUUCAUCCAAAACUCCAUACUCAAGUCAUCACUUUACCACUUAGAUUUGGAUGGAAUCCAAUUGGGAAACAUCUGAAUACUUUAAAGAAAAAUUUGAGACCUGUAUUAGAGAAAAGAUUGAAAGAUAAAGAAAUUCUUGGUGAUAAAUAUGAGCCACCUUUGGAUAUAAUUGAAUAUUUAUUGAAUAAUCCCGAAUACGAAACAAAAGUUAUUGCUGAUGAUUACUUGAACAUAAUCUGCGAAUUUUUAUUUUCUAUUAUUGUUGCCUCUAUUCAUACCACUUCUCGUCAUCUUACUUGUGCUCUUUAUGAUUUUGCAGGAAGACCAGAAUUAUGGGAUGAUAUUUAUGAAGAACAAGUAAAAAUUGAUAAAGAAUGUAAUGGAGAAUUAUCAUCUCAACAUAUUAACAAAAUGGUGAAAUUGGAUACCACAGUUCCUCACAGAUGUCUGGAAUCAUAUACAUUAAAAAAUGGCAUGCAAAUUCCAAAAGGUCGCAUAGUUCAAACUUAUUUAAUGGAUAUACAUUACAAUACCACAGCAUAUGGACCAGAACCAAGGUCAUUCCUUCCUUACCAUGGUUUGGAAAAUAAUAUUCCUGCAUCAAAAACUGACAAAAAUUAUUUUAUAUUUGGCUCAGGAAGACAUGCUUGCCCUGGAAGAUUUUUUGCUGUAAAUGAAAUUAAAGUUGGUAUGCAUAAAUUAAUUUUAAAUUAUCACAUUAAGACACCAAGCGGAAAAAUUGAAGAAAAGGUACGGGUUGGACCUUUUGCUUUUCCGCCAGUUUCUGGAUUAAUUUUUGAGAAUAGAAAAAAAUAG